AUGAGAAUACCAACGUCUAUUUUACGACGCAAUGUACUUAGGAAAGGUCCUGUGCGAUUCAGACCGCUUAUUACGGCCAGGUCAUUUCAUUCUUCCAUAAAGAGGCUUAUAGACUACGAUCCAUAUCAAAUAUUAGGUAUAGAAAAGUCAGCCGAUGCAAAGCAAAUAAAGAAAGCAUAUUACGAUUUGGUUAAGAAAUACCAUCCAGAUGUGAACAAGGAAAAGGAUGUGGAAAAGAAGUUUCACAAGAUACAACAAAGUUAUGAAAUCUUACGAGAUAAGGAAAAGAAGUCGCAAUAUGAUCAAUUUGGUCCUAGUGCAUUUGAUGAAAACGGAAACCCAAGCCCAUUUGGUGGAGCUGGAGCUGGGGGUACAGGAGGAGGAAACCCAUUUGCCGGCUUUGGAGGAGCAGGGUUUGGCAGAGCAAGCAGUGGUGGCAACCCCUUUUCGGGUAUGGGAUUUGAUUUUGAAGAUUUGUUUAGAGAAGCAUUUGCUGGAGGAAGGGGUGCCUCAGGUGGAAGAGGUGGUGGGAGAGCACAUUUUGUUACUGAGCAUGUUGGAGAUAACGUCGAAGUUUUGAAGCUGGUACCAUUUAAGGAUAGUAUUUUUGGUAGUAAGGUAACAAUCAACUACAAAGUUGUUGACUCAUGUAAUACAUGCAGUGGUAGUGGGUUGAAAAAAGGAGCCAAGAAAAAGACCUGUCCAACAUGUCAUGGAUCUGGACAGACAACUCAUGUAAUGGGUGGCUUCCAUAUGGCAUCCACUUGCCCUACCUGUCAAGGUUCCGGUGUGUCAAUUUCAAGAUCUGAUGAGUGUGGUACGUGUCAUGGAAAUGGGGUACAAGAAGUGCCUAAAUCUACCACCAUUGAUAUUCCUCCAGGUAUAAGCGAUGGCUCUAGAAUCCGUAUUCCAGGGGCUGGUGACGCUCCGAUGGUGACAAAAGACGGGUAUAACCAAAUCCGCAACGGCGAUUUGAUUGUUAGAGUCAGCGUGCAAAAGGAUCCCGUGUUUAAACGUGAAAAGAAUGAUUUAGUAGUGACUCAGGAAAUUUUAAUGACAACAGCUGCGUUGGGUGGAGAAAUCGUUGUGCCAACAUUGGAUGGACAGAAGAUCAAGUUGAAGAUAAGACCAGGCGUUCAAUCUGGAAGGAGAUUGACUAUACCAGAAAGAGGUGUGCCCAUUAACAGAAACUUGAAUGACAGAGGUAACCUAGAUGUUGUGCUCAAUGUGAAGACUUUGGUUCCCGAGAAUCCAACACAAACUGCUUUACUCGAGGCGUUAGCUGAUGCUUUCAAUGAUAAGCUCGCCAAUAGAACUGAUGCAGACUGGCAAUCGGAACUUGAGGACAGCUUGAACAAUGAAAAGUAUCAAGAGGUUGAUGAAAAGGAUUUACAUCCAUCGAAAUUGGCAAGAAUAGGCAAAGUGUUGGGUAAGUUCUUCAAUUUUGAUGCAGAUAAACUGAAAAAGGAUAAUGAGAAAUGA